GCAUUUAGAGUACUUGUCCCAGAAAUUCGGGCUUUCCGGGUGUCUCAGAGAAAGUGGUCGAGCGUCCCCCGGCCGGGGGACGCAAACCCAUGUUUGUCAACUCGUCGAGUUGUGUAUUUGAACUUGGCCACACUGUGUAUAUUGACUAAUGCCUAUAAAAAUCUUGCUGUGGUGACCAGCAUCGACCGCCGCAUGAGCAAUCCGAAGAACCAGCAAGCCGCGAUAGCAAGCGCGGUGGAUGCACUGGCGCGCGGGCAGGGCGCAAUUGCGGAGCUGCUGGUCAUACAGAACCUUCCAGCCGGCCUUCGUGGGUGCAAGCAAGCGUGCAUUACGACGGCCGCCCAGCUGGACAAGCUCAUCGGCCCAGGCACGGCCGCGGCACUCGAGCGGGACCGCGUGUCCAAAGCUUUCGAGGAGCUGCCGCCGCAGCAGUGCGUGCAAGGCCAGGCGGCAUCGCUCGGUACUGCCCAGCAGCUCUCGUUCCACCGCCGCGGCCGUGCCUGGGCCGACGAGCUUGUCCAGCUGGGCGUCCGUCGAAAGCCGCGCUCGUUGCACCCACGAAGGCCGGCUGGAAGGUUUUGGAUGACCAGCAGCUCCGCAAUGACCAGCUUGGAGACACAGCAGCUGCAGGCCAUGACCAGCUUGGAGACCAAGCAGCAGCAGGCCAUGGCCAGCUUGGAGACCAAGCAGCUGCACUGCUGCAGGCCAUGACCAGCUUGGAGACACAGCAGCUGCAGGCCAUGACCAGCUUGGAGACACAGCAGCUGCAGGCCAUGGCCGACUAUGAGACACAGCAGCUGCAGGCCUACAAGGACCUGCAGAUGACGCUGAACCAGUAUGUUGAUCAACCCCAACACCCAAAGCCGUCCAGGAGUGUAGAGUACUUUACAUCACCG